AUGACUGCUCUAAUAGAUGCCACUAUUGAAUGGCUUACAAACAUGGACCAGGGAAAGCUUAAUGCGGUUGUUUAUAUUGAUCUAGCGAAGGCAUUUGAUACAAUAAGUCACGAGAUAUUACUUGAGAAACUCCACAUUUACGGGGUUGAUGCAAAUAGUUUAUCCUGGUUUCAAUCCUAUUUACAAGAUCGCAAACAAAAAUGUUAUGUGAAUGACGUUCUAUCUGGCGAACGUACCAUUAAUUGUGGUGUGCCUCAGGGGUCAAUUCUUGGACCGUUAUUGUUUCUCAUAUAUAUAAACGAUCUUCCUCAGUGUUUAAAACAUUCUACAGCUCGAAUGUACGCUGACGAUACAAACAUAACAACGACAGGAACAUCUAUUCGAGAAAUAGUAACACAUGCUAAUGAUGACUUAAAUAAUAUAAGUGACUGGCUGAAAGCAAACAAACUCAGCCUUAACGUGACCAAAACUGAGUAUAUGUUCAUUGGAUCAGAUCAAAAUCUUGACAAGUUAAGAGAUGUACCACUACUAUUUCUUGAAAACAAAGCGAUAAAAAGGGUCAAAGCAACCAAGUCAUUAGGGGUACAUAUUGAUGAAAGGCUAACAUGGCAUGAACAUAUUCAAAAUAUUUCAAAAAAAGUAGGUGCUGGAAUUUCAGGUUUACGGCGG